AUGAAUUUCAAGCUCCUGGUUUACCCGUUCCUCUGCUGUACCUAUAGACGCGACCGGGUAAAUAGACCUCACGUGCUCUCUGCACAUGAGGUAUCGCAUAAUGAUCAUUCGCAUGGAGACCUUGAGGAACUCCCAGAGGUGGUGACCUCUAGCGAUGUUGCAGCAACGGCCAAAUGUGAAGUUUUGAUAGAGCCAAAUCCCGCAGACGAGGGUAUCAAAGUCUCGGAUUUUGAAAAUUUGGAGUCGGAGCGGGAAAUUCUCAUUCCAUACAUUGUAGAUUAUCCCUUGAAUCGAGUCAUUCAAGACGAAGAACUCACUAGAGAUCAAGCUGCGAGGCUCUUGUUGGACGACUGUGGAUUUUUCGGGGCAUCUGGGCCACAAGAAUUGCGCUCUACCAGAGACGUGCAUUUGGUUACAAGUGUCGAAAAGAAAAGACCUGCAAAAAAAGAGGAGCAACCGGUGGGUGAUACAGGCCCUGUCGCUGCCCCAAAGGAGCAAGAGAUUCCCCCGGCUUUCCAAGAUUAUCAAGACGCUACUCCAAAAGAUGUCAAGAUAAAACGUCCCCUGGAAUUCUCGUCCGAUUUAACUAGCUAUGACCUGGCGCUUGAUACUGGAUCUCCCGUCUGGCAUUCCCUAGCCACAAAAAGUCUGCACGAGUCGGCAAGCAAGGUGGACAUUGCAAAUGAUAGCGAGUACAAGCUAAAGAGCGCAGAGGACGCCGAAGCUAUCCGUAAAAAGUAUGUCAUUGGAAGAGCUAGGAUACACUGGUUUCCAAGGUACUUUCACAAGUCCUUGUCUGAUCUCUAUGAGUGGAUUGAAAAGGUUGACAUUAUCCUAGAUGUCCGAGAUGCACGCAUACCAUACGUUUCGGAUUCCGACUUUUUAAUCAACGUGUACAAUAACAUGUUUACGCACAAGCCAAAGAUUCUGGUUUAUACGCACAAGGAUCAGGCAAGUGUUCGCGGUUGCGAAGAUUGGGCACGCUAUUACAGAAUUAAAGAAUUUAGGAACUACAAGCUCUUUAACAAGAACAUUGAGAAUGAGAACGAACAAAAACCAUUCGCGCCGUGUGUUUUUGUAAAUGGCCGUCUGGGUGGAAAGUCACUCAUUACACUCAAGAAGCUCAUUUACAAAAUGUGUGCCAGGGUUAAUGAAAGACGAAUUAGGAAGGGAUUUGAAAAGAGACCCUUGAGAGCCAUUGUUCUAGGCCUGCCAAAUAUUGGGAAAUCUGCCCUUAUAAACAGGCUGAUUGGGCGAAGGAAAAGCGAUAGUUACAACUCACCAGGUGUAACUAGGGAAAUAAAGUGGGUGAGACUACGCCCGGACGAAUAUACAGAAGCUGUGCACAAAAUUAUAGACUGUGUAGACACGCCUGGAAUACUGCCGCCAAACCUCUACCAUCUCUGUGACAUGGCAAAGGGCAAAAACAAGCUCUUGGGACGUCUCUACUAUGAUCUAGAGGAUAACAUUCCCGGUGGUUACAGCAAGUCUGGUAUUGACGCAAAAUCUCAAAAGAUUGAGAGAAACGUCUUUUUACUUGCAGCUGCAAACCAGAUCAUAGAAGGUGCGUAUGACAACUCAGAAGCUGCCCAGAUCCUAAUGGAACAGAUGUUUCAGACCUUUAGCAAGAAUCCGAGCUAUAUCGACAUGGCAAGAAUUACAAAACGGUUCCCAUUCAUGAGAAGGUAUCUGGACAUUCUCAAGACCAGGACACAUCGGGAACACCUAUUUGAGGACCUGGCUUACGACUUUUUGGACACUUUGGCUGUGCGAAACUUUGCGGGGGAAUCAAAUGCUGCAGCGUCCAGGAUUCUUACCGAUUUUAGAAAGGGUUACAUUGGCUCAUCCACGCUCCAAGUACCUCCUCCCAUUGAGGUAUUUGAGGAGUUUACGCAGUCUAAACAACAGGUCAAGAUAUCCGCAGAGGCCUGCAAGUCUCCCAUUCCCUCAACCGCUCCAGAAUACACGGAAUACUCACACGGACUCUAUUAUGGCUGGUGA